CCCUUUAUUUAAUCGAACGUUGGAUCCAGAGACUGAAGUUAUUACUUCUGCCGGUGCAAAUGAAGAUACAAACAAGAUCAUAUCUUCUCGUGACUGGAAAUUGGAUAUUAACGAAUUAAGAUCGAAAAUUACUCCGAGAACUAAAAUACUCGUGUUUAAUACUCCUCAUAACCCUGUGGGUAAAGUAUUCUCUAGAGAAGAAAUGCUAGAAAUUGCACAAGUUGUACAAGAAUUUAACUUAUUACUAGUGAGUGAUGAAGUAGUAACGACUUUGCCAGGAUUGUGGGAUCGCACAAUUACUGUUGGAAGUGGUGGCAAGACUUUUGGUACAACUGGAUGGCGUGUCGGGUGGUCAAUAGGACCUAAAAAUUUAAUAAAAACCGUACUCGCAGCGCAGACUAGAAUUGUUUUCUGUGUCAAUUCACCACUUCAAGAGGCCAUAGCAAUAUCAAUUGAAGAAGCUGAGGUACAUGGUUACUAUGAAGAGAACAUCGCAUUAUAUGAACAAAGACGCGGCAAAUUAUGUAAAGCAUUAUCAGAUGCAGGACUUCCAUACACUAUCCCUCAGGGUUCUUAUUUUAUUUUGGCUAACACAAAACGAAUUAAUAUUCCGGAGGAUUACGAGUAUCCUGAAAUCCUACUAGACCGGCCAAGAGAUUUUAAAGUAUGCUAUUGGAUGGCAAGGGAGAUCGGUGUAGUAGCUAUCCCGCCUAGUGAAUUUUAUAGCGAAGAGAAUAGACACCUUGGAGAAGAUUAUGCACGAUUUGCAUUCUGUAAAACAGAUGAAACACUAGAAGCAGCUGCAAAAGCUUUAUUGAAAUUGAAGAAAUAUAUUAAUGAAUAA